UCCUCCUUCUUCCCACCAUCCCCGACCCCUCCCGGGUCACGCCCUCUCUGCGCACCGGCGACGCGGGGCGGACAACUCCAAACCCCCGAGAAUCAUCACCAAAAUCAGCUCGGGGGGGGAGGGUGGCCAGAGCAUCCCGCUCCAAUCACGCCAUGAAGGGAGAGGCAGGCGGUAGGUUCCCAGCGGCGGUCGGGUUGCUUCUCUGUAUGGGAAUUUCACAGUUUUAGAUAACCACAGCUAAUUUAAGUAUGCUUAAAAGGAAACAGAGCUCAAGGGUAGAGGCCCAGCCAGUGACAGACUUUGGUCCCGAUGAAUCCCUGUCAGACAACGCUGAUAUCCUGUGGAUUAACAAACCAUGGGUGCACUCUUUACUACGCAUCUGUGCCAUCAUCAGUGUUAUUUCGGUCUGCAUGAACACCCCAAAGACCUUUGAACAUUAUCCUCCUCUUCAAUAUGUGACCUUUGCUCUAGAUACACUACUGAUGUUUCUCUACACAGCAGAAAUGAUAGCAAAGAUGCACAUCCGUGGCAUAGUCAAGAUGGAGUUGGGAAAAGGUUGGAGGUUAACCACACCACAGCCAUUUCAGAUGUUCAAGGGGGAUACUUCCUAUGUGAAGGACCGCUGGUGUGUGUUUGAUGGAUUCAUGGUAUUUUGUCUUUGGGUGUCAUUAGUUUUACAGGUGUUUGAAAUAGCUGAUAUAGUUGAUCAAAUGUCACCUUGGGGCAUGUUGAGGAUCCCACGGCCGCUUAUUAUGAUUCGAGCAUUCCGGAUCUAUUUCCGCUUUGAGUUGCCAAGAACCAGGAUAACCAACAUUUUAAAGCGCUCAGGUGAACAAAUUUGGAGUGUUUCAAUAUUCCUUCUCUUCUUUCUGCUUCUGUAUGGAAUUCUGGGGGUUCAGAUGUUCGGACCUUUCACGUAUCAUUGUGUAACAAAUGAUACAAAGCCAGGAAACAUAACCUGGAAUAAUCUAGCAAUUCCGGAUACACACUGUUCGAAACCAUCUGAAGAAGGUUACCAGUGCCCCCCAGGAUUUGAAUGCUUGGACCUUGAAGAACUAGGGUUAAGCAGGCAAGAGCUGGGCUACAGUGGCUUUAAUGAGAUAGGUACAAGCAUCUUUACUGUUUACGAAGCUGCUUCUCAAGAGGGCUGGGUCUUCCUGAUGUACCGAGCAAUCGACAGCUUCCCCCGAUGGCGCUCUUACUUCUAUUUCAUCACCUUAAUUUUCUUCCUUGCUUGGCUUGUUAAGAAUGUAUUUAUUGCUGUCAUCAUUGAGACAUUUGCUGAAAUCCGAGUGCAGUUCCAACAGAUGUGGGGAUCCAGGAGCAGUACAACUUCGACAGCUACGACACAGAUGUUUCAUGAAGAUGCUACAGGAGGAUGGCAGCUAGUAGAUGUUGAUGUGAAUAAGCCUCAGGGCAGAGCUCCAGCAUGUUUGCAGAGAAUGAUGAGGUCCUCAGUUUUCCAUAUGUUUAUCCUGAGCAUGGUGGCAGUAGAUGUCAUUGUUGCGGCUAGCAAUUAUUACAAGGGAGAGACUUUUAAGAGCCAAUAUGAUGAAUUCUACCUUGCAGAGGUUGCAUUUACGGUCCUGUUUGAUCUGGAAGCUCUUCUGAAGAUCUGGUGCCUGGGAUUUACUGGCUACAUCAGUUCAUCUCUGCACAAAUUUGAGCUACUGCUGGUUAUUGGAACUACUCUUCAUAUUUAUCCAGACCUCUACCAUUCACAAUUUACAUAUUUUCAGGUGCUCAGGGUAGUUCGACUUAUAAAGAUUUCUCCUGCUCUGGAAGACUUUGUGUAUAAGAUUUUUGGACCCGGGAAAAAACUUGGGAGUUUAGUUGUAUUUACUGCCAGCUUAUUAAUUGUAAUGUCAGCAAUCAGUUUGCAGAUGUUCUGUUUUGUGGAAGAACUAGACAGAUUUACAACAUUUCCAAGGGCUUUUAUGUCCAUGUUCCAGAUCCUUACACAGGAAGGAUGGGUAGAUGUCAUGGAUCAAACUCUUAAUGCUGUCGGGCAUAUGUGGGCACCUGUUGUCGCUAUCUACUUCAUACUGUAUCAUCUUUUUGCUACCCUGAUUCUGCUGAGUUUGUUUGUUGCUGUUAUUUUAGACAACUUGGAACUUGAUGAAGAUCUAAAGAAACUUAAGCAACUGAAGCAAAGUGAGGCAAAUGCAGAUACCAAGGAAAAGCUCCCACUGCGUCUGCGGAUCUUUGAAAAAUUCCCUAACAGACCUCAAAUGGUAAAAAUCUCCAAGCUCCCUUCGGAUUUUACAGUCCCCAAAAUAAGGGAAAGCUUUAUGAAGCAAUUUAUUGAUCGACAGCAGCAAGACACAACUUGUUUACUGAGAAGGCUUCCAUCAGCUUCCUCCUCCUCAUGUGACCAUUCUAAAAGGUUGGCAAUUGAAGACAACAAAUACAUCGACCAGAAGUUGCAUGACAGGCAAGCUGACAUCAUGAUUACAGGGAUCUCCAGCCUUUUCAGGAUGCUGUUGUCCUUUCUGGAAGACCGCUGGAAGCUCCGCAAAUCUGUUUUCAGCAUUAGAGCAAGAAACCUUCUGGAAAAGGAGACUGCAAUCAACAAAAUUCUUAGGGCCUGUACACGCCAGCGCAUGUUGAGUGGAUCCUUUGAGGGGCAGCCUGCGAAAGAAAGAUCAAUUCUUAGUGUCCAGCAUCAUAUACGUCAAGAACGCAGGUCACUAAGACAUGGCUCCAACAGUCAGCGAAUCAGCAGAGGAAAAUCGCUUGAAACUCUAACGCAAGAUCAUUCUAACACAGUGAGGUACAGAAAUGCACAGAGAGAAGACAGUGAGAUAAAAAUGAUCCAAGAAAAGAAGGAACAGGCAGAAAUGAAAAGGAAAGUCCAGGAAGAAGAGUUACGAGAGAAUCACCCCUAUUUUGACAAGCCUCUGUUCAUCGUUGGCCGUGAACACAGAUUCAGAAAUUUCUGCAGAGUAGUUGUGCGAGCUCGCUUCAACGCCUCUAAAACAGACCCUGUUACUGGAGCAGUGAAAAAUACCAAAUAUCAUCAACUUUAUGAUUUGCUGGGAUUGGUUACAUAUCUGGACUGGGUAAUGAUCAUUGUCACUAUAUGCUCUUGCAUUUCAAUGAUGUUCGAAUCUCCCUUUCGAAGAGUGAUGCAUGCACCAACACUUCAGAUCGCUGAAUAUGUCUUUGUAAUAUUCAUGAGCAUUGAACUUAAUUUGAAGAUUAUGGCUGAUGGCUUGUUUUUUACUCCAACGGCAGUCAUAAGAGACUUUGGGGGUGUCAUGGAUAUAUUUAUAUAUCUUGUAAGCUUGAUAUUUCUCUGCUGGAUGCCGCAAAACGUCCCUGCGAAGUCUGGAGCUCAGCUCUUAAUGGUGCUACGGUGUCUCCGGCCACUUCGGAUAUUUAAGCUGGUGCCCCAGAUGAGAAAGGUUGUCCGAGAACUUUUCAGCGGCUUCAAGGAAAUCUUUCUAGUUUCCAUUCUUUUGCUGACAUUGAUGCUUGUUUUUGCAAGCUUUGGAGUUCAGCUUUUUGCUGGGAAGCUGGCUAAGUGCAAUGAUCCACAUAUUAUUGCAAGGGAAGACUGCCAUGGCAUAUUCCGAAUAAAUGUAAGUGUUUCCAAAAAUCUAAAUCUAAAAUUAAGACCCGGCGAAAAGAAACCUGGAUUUUGGGUGCCUCGAGUCUGGGCCAACCCUCGGAACUUUAACUUUGACAACGUUGGGAAUGCAAUGCUGGCAUUAUUUGAAGUCCUUUCCUUAAAGGGAUGGGUUGAAGUCAGAGAUGUUAUCAUUCAUCGUGUGGGUCCCAUCCAUGGCAUCUACAUCCAUGUGUUUGUAUUCCUUGGCUGUAUGAUUGGGCUAACUCUUUUCGUUGGAGUCGUCAUUGCUAAUUUCAAUGAAAAUAAGGGGACAGCUUUGCUGACAGUUGAUCAGAGGCGAUGGGAGGAUCUCAAGAGCAGACUGAAGAUAGCACAGCCACUUCAUCUCCCACCUCGCCCAGAUAAUGAUGGAUUUCGAGCCAAGAUGUAUGAUAUAACUCAACAUCCAUUUUUCAAGAGGACCAUUGCUGUGCUUGUCUUGGCCCAGUCUGUGUUGUUAUCUGUUAAGUGGGAUGAUCAAGACCCUGUUACCGGUCCUUUAGCAGCAAUGUCCGUCGUCUUCACCUUCAUUUUUGUUCUUGAGGUUACCAUGAAAAUUAUUGCUAUGUCACCUGCUGGAUUUUGGCAGAGCAGAAGAAAUCGCUAUGAUCUCUUGGUGACAUCUUUAGGAGUCAUUUGGGUGAUACUCCACUUUGCCCUAACUAAUGCCUACACAUACAUGAUGGGGGCAUGUGUAAUUGUCUUCAGGUUCUUCUCGAUCUGUGGGAAACAUGUGACCCUGAAGAUGCUGCUUCUGACAGUGGUUGUCAGCAUGUACAAGAGCUUUUUCAUCAUAGUAGGGAUGUUCCUGCUGUUACUUUGCUAUGCUUUCGCAGGAGUAGUUUUAUUUGGCACUGUAAAAUAUGGAGAGAACAUCAACAGGCAUGCCAACUUUUCAUCAGCUGGUAAGGCCAUUACUGUACUCUUCAGAAUAGUCACUGGGGAAGACUGGAACAAGAUAAUGCAUGACUGCAUGGUUCAACCUCCUUUUUGUACUCCAGAUAACAGAACAUACUGGAAGACAGAUUGUGGAAACUAUGCUGGUGCUCUUAUGUAUUUCUGUUCAUUUUAUGUCAUCAUUGCAUACAUAAUGCUAAAUUUGCUUGUGGCUAUAAUUGUGGAAAAUUUCUCGCUGUUUUAUUCCACGGAGGAAGACCAGCUCUUAAGUUACAAUGAUCUUAGACAUUUCCAAAUUAUAUGGAACAUGGUUGAUGACAAAAGAGAGGGAGUGAUUCCUACCUUCCGAGUCAAGUUUUUGCUGAGGUUGCUGCGUGGAAGGUUGGAGGUGGAUCUGGACAAGGACAAACUCUUGUUCAAGCACAUGUGCUAUGAAAUGGAGAGGCUGCAUAAUGGGGGAGAUGUAACAUUCCACGAUGUACUGAGCAUGCUCUCCUACAGAUCUGUUGACAUCAGAAAAAGUCUUCAGCUGGAAGAACUGCUUGCUAGGGAACAACUGGAAUACACCAUAGAGGAAGAAGUAGCCAAACAGACUAUCCGCAUGUGGUUGAAGAAGUGCUUGAAGCGCAUUAGAGCAAAACAGCAGCAGUCAUGCAGCAUUAUCCAUAGUCUCCGAGAGAGUCAACAACAGGAGCUUAGCCGUUUCCUAAAUCCACCAAGCAUUGAGACAACACAACCAAGUGAAGACAUGAAUGCUAAUAACCAGGAUAACAGUACACAGCCUGAGACGAGUAGUCAACAACAGCUCCUUAGUCCAACGCUCUCUGACAGAGGUGGAUAUCGGCAAGACUCUACUGAUGGUGGUAAACCUCAGCGGAAGUUUGGACAAUGGCGUUUGCCAUCAGCUCCAAAGCCAAUAAGCCAUUCAGUGUCUUCAGUCAACUUACGGUUUGGUGGCCGUACAACCAUGAAGUCUGUUGUGUGCAAGAUGAAUCCCAUGUCAGACGUGGCUUCUUGUGGAUCAGAAGUCAAGAAAUGGUGGACAAGACAACUCACUGUGGAGAGUGACGAGAGUGGUGAAGACCUGCUUGAUAUCUGACUGGGAAAAGAUGCCAUUUCAAAUCACACUUAUGCAACAUUCCUUGGGAAUUAAAUCGUUUUCUUGGUUUUUAAAUUGCAGUUCCUAUCGACUGAUCAUUUAUAUCAAGAGAAGCCUUCAACUUGACAAGAUCUACGACUUACUUCUUUUUUAAUCCUUAUGUGAUUAUUAAUGUAAGAGAAAACAGCAAAAAAAGGUAGUGUUCAUAAAAAGCAAAGACAGUUUUGUUUCAUUUUUCCCUCAGACACAAGAACCAUUAGUUUAACUCCCGGAUCUCAGCAGGGCUUUCUGUCUUUCAACAGCCCCUCUACGUCACAUCCCAAGCUGGUUUUUAGAUUUGGUGGGUCUUUAAAACUGGAUUGAUGUUGCUUGGUCCAAAUUGGGAGGGAUUAUAAACCAAUAGCUGUUGUCGAAAAAAUGGGCAUGCAAUUCUGCCACAGUUCUUUACAAUUCAAAAAUAUAGGCGAUGACGUGAGGACUUUCUUUUGGGUGGUAUGGGAGCAAUUUGCUGUGAAACUCAAAAAAAUACCCCAAAGAAAAUAUUUGUAUGGAAAUGUUGUGAGUCUUAUUGUUUCAGUACUUUAGAGCUUUUGUUUUAGACAGACAGGCAAACAUAAUUUAUUAUGUGCUUUUGUUUAUGGAUGCCAAUUGGUUGAUUUAUUUUUCUUUGUUAACUGUGAGUGUUGCUUUUGUCUAUAAACAAAAUCGUUUGUAAGGAAGAUGCUAUUGGGGGGAAAUCAAGUCCUCACAGGGCAUGUACAAUCCUACACAAUUAAGGAAAUAGACCUGAUUGCAGCCAGUGUUUCAUAUUUGAGAAGUUUCACUGUAUGCAUUCAGAGGACUUGUGUAAGUGUUGCACCUGCCCUAGUCAACACUUAACCUAGCCUGGAAAUGAUCAUCACAUAGGGUACGAUGUCAUUGUUUUUUAUCUUUUUUUCUAGUCUUCUGCCUAACCAGUAUAAAUAUUGAUGAACAGCCUGUAGAGAUCAGCAGGGAAUUCAUUCUAAAUGAAAGCAUUUUUACAAUAUACAGAUUUUGACUUGCAGAUAGCUAGCUUUUUUAAAAUAUGCAAGAUGUAGGAUAGUUUCUUUUAGCAUAUCAGAAAAUGACUAAUUGGGUUUUAUAAUCAUUUUCAAUUGUUACCGUGAAGAACUGAACAUGAAUGCACAGCUGUUCUGCCCUUACACCUGCUGAAUAGGUUCCGAGCACUGUAAUCUCUAUCAACAUCCAUCACUUCUUAAGGUUGGGACAAGGACAGUCAAAGUCUGGAUUUGGUUCAUUGUCUUCUCUCUGUAGGUCCUUCUAAACAAGUGUUUGUAGCUGUCUGAACUAAGGACUCUGGCUGUUUAAGGAAGAAGCUGGGAUUCUCCUAUGUGCAGUCCUCCGUGUUUUGAUGUAGGAUGCAGCACCCAUACAUCACUCGAAGCACAUCCAGAAAAGCAGCCUACUCACAAAAGUCUGGUUUUGUGCUUGAUUACUCUUGCUUAUAAAGUAAAUAAGUUUUAUUAAAUAAACUAAAUAACCUUAUUGUUUAGAUCAGUGGUUCCUAAACUCCCCCCCAUGCACCACUUGUUGCUUCUUUUGUUUCUUAUAUUGUUUUAUUAUUGUAAUACAAUAAAAUAUAAGAAAUAAAAGAAGAAAUUUAAAUGCCAUUAAGCAUCAAUAUAAAAAGUUAAUGUGGACAUGCCAUGGACCACCGGAAUACAGCUUGUGGGCCACUGUUGGUCA